CAAAGUGCUCACAGUGCAGGUAGAACAUACUGAUCUACUGCAGUUUGUGCACUUCAGGUAUUGCUGGUCACCUUCCCUCAAACGCCAGCCUGUUUACACUUGAAGGUGGAACUGUGGUGGGUUUACAGCGAGUUUUGUUGGUUUGCUCUCAGCUUCUGCCAGUUUCUGCUGUGCAAAUCCAUGCAAAGCUCUCUGUUUCUCAGACACGCAGCCAAAGGAAGAGAUAUGGGUUUUGUUCUCUGUUGUUCCAAGCUUUGAUGAACACUUGAAAGACUAAAAGUCGUAUUCACCGCAGGCACAAGAGAGCAGCUGUUGUUUUCCUCCCUCCUGUUGCAAUCAUGCUAAGGCAUAUUAACAAAAAGUUUCCUCGGCGUUGCUGUUUGUCUCGCUGUUUUCAGGUGGAUGGCUUCACAAUUUCAAUACUUGACAAAAUGAAAGAAAUUGCACAGUAUCCAUCUGCAACCCGCCAGAUGUUGUGAACAGCUACACAUUUAUCAGAUUGUACUAAUUUGUUAGGAUUAGCACGGUUAAGAUAGAGGUGCUUUUCUCUGGCUUAAUGAACUGAGUUUCAAAUGUUGGCCUCCCUGGUGUUUGGCAUGUAAACUGAUCACUAGGUGGCAGCAUUUCAACUUUAUUGGCUCUGUGGAGCUGAAUUGAAGGAAGAUAAUUCAAAAUGAAGAAGUAAUCAGUGCAAAAUAAAAUGCCAUUAUUGUAUUGACUUUAUUGAUGUCUGUAACUAUUGAAGAUAAAAGGAGAUAAUGUUCACUUUUGCUUGGUUUGGACAGAUUUCCGAGAGUUCCACGUGCUCUUUGUGCACUUUCUCCAUGUGGUUCAGUAAUAAAAGCUCACUUUCAGAUCGUAUCCGACUCUUCUGCUUCAUUUUCACUGCAGCCUAAUGCAUGUGAUCCUCGUGGACACAUUAUCAUCUAACACGACAACAGCUCGUGCACCGCAUGAAUCCCCUCCUUAUCUGCUCUCCUGCAGCCAGGCAGGGCCAAUGUAUCAGCUCACACCACUGCUAUUACACGAGAGGGGAGAUCUCUGUAUAAGCGCAGGUUCACGCCGUGGCGCGCGCACUUUUGGGGGAGCGCGCGCAUAUAUCCGGGGCUCGUUCAUCUGUGUACCGAGCUGAGAGUCAGUGCCGCAAGUGAAGAGGGACUCGUAAGUUACCAGCAUCGAAGUAGCUUCACCAAGAGGCUCAACAGAGCAGCUUUCCAAGCGGACGGACCGUUGAGAGGGGAGGAAGAAAGCGGAAGGAUGCUGAUCCAAGCUCAGUCGGGAGCUGCAGCCUCACCUCUUCAGCGCAAAUACGGGAUCCUCCUGUAACUUUUGAUGUGUUGAAGUUUAUCUCAGCGAUUUGGUGCUCUAUUCUGACCUGUUCGGCUAAGUGCUGCUCGCCUGCCAUGCUUGGUCCGUCAGUCCACAGUGCGCUCUUUCUAUGCGCCUUCCUCCAGCUGUUCUCCCUGCCCGGCGGACAGGUGCCAAACUGCCAGGAGGUGCGCACCGUGUUUCACUCUCUGCACCCGGGCUCCAAGUGGAUCCCCGAAAACCCAGUGUCAGGUGCGGAUCUGCAGGUUUGCCAAACCAAAGGCCCCACCUGCUGUUCCAAGAAGAUGGAGGAGCGGUAUCAGGUAGCUGCACGCAGCAACAUGGAGUCUGGCCUGCAGGUUGUCAGUGCUCAGCUCAAGCAUCUUAUCAUCCAGAAUGCCGCAAUAUUCCAAGAGGCCUUUGACCUGGUGCUGCGUCACGGCCGUAACUCCACCCUGGCCAUGCUGAAGUCAGAGUUCCCGGGUCUCGGAAGUGGAGCCCAGAGCUCCGUGGGGCAGCUCUUCCUGGACAUGUCGCUCUACAUCCUGGGCUCAGACUCUGCAGUGGACCACAUGGUGGCGGUGCUCUACGGCCGCCUCUUCCCCCUGACAUACCGCCGCCUGCUGGGGGGUAGCAUAUCCUCCUCUGUGUCUGAGGAGUGUGUAAGAGGAGCCUGGAAGGACUCAGGAGCAUUUGGCCCAUAUCCCAAAAUGAUGAUGACACGUCUGUCUCGCUCCCUCCUGGCCACACGAGUCUUCCUGCAGGCGUUGAACCUGGGCAUUGAGGUUGUCAACACCACAGACCACCUGCGGCCCAGCCGGGAUUGUAGCCGGGCCCUGCUGCGGCUGUGGUACUGCCCGCACUGCCAAGGCAUGCUGGGGCCGCCAGCCUGCAGAGGCUUCUGUCAAGCGGUAAUGCACGGCUGCCUGGGGGGAGCGGCCGAGGUGCAGCCUCACUGGAGGAACUACGUAGACGGACUGGGGAAGCUGGCUGGAGCCAUGAGGGGAGAGCAGGACAUGGAGGCUGUUGUUCUUAGACUGCCCUCAAUGAUCAAACUGGCUGUCAAGCACGCUGUGAACGCCCGCAUCCGCCUCACCACCCUGGUGAGCGGGAUGUGCGGACACACUCCUCAGCGAUCCUCUCGCUCAGUCGGAUCCCCUCCUCCCCACCCUCCCGCUGCCUCUGCAUCCCGCAACACGCAGCCCUCAUCCUUGGACUCUGAUGAGACUUUGGCUGGCCUCCGCAGGGAGUUCAUAUCCAACCUGAGGGGCUUCAGCUCCUUCUACAGUGGUCUCGGGGAGGCACUGUGCAGCCGUGAGCCUGUUCCAGCAAACCACUCCCUCUGCUGGAAUGGGCAGGAGAUGACAGACAGGUUUCCCGGGCCUGGCCUGAAGCGAUUGCAACCCAGCUCCGAGUCCCGAAGCAACAAGCCCCCUGAGCCAAUCAUCAGCCAGAUCAUAGACAAACUCAAACACAUCAACCAGUUGCUGCGGCUGGUGACGGUAUCUGAGAAGCGCUGGAGAGCUCGGUCGCGUGGAGGAGGAGUGGAUGGGUGGAGCGAUGAGGGGGAAGAGGGAUUCGAGAGUGGUGACUGUGAUGAUGAAGAUGAGUGCACCGGAGUGUCAGGGCUCGGGCCGCCACCGAGACGCAAACGGUUACGCAUCUUUGCAGACCUUGCUGAUAACCUGGCAAUGGAUGACUUCACCUUCCAGGAGCAGCUGCUGACCCCUCGCUUGGCCACAGCCGGGAUCGGAGGUGUCUCCUCACCUGCGGCUCCGCUGUGGAGGAGCUACCUGGUCCCGACGCUCCCUGCGGCGCUUGCUCUGCUCCUGCUUUUUCGCCAAUGACCAGUGCACUCACACACACUCCCAUCACCUCUUUCCCCUAGGAUUCAGUACAAACUCUGUGAAAUGGGACUUACUGUUUUAAAAGCUCCGGUUCCCAAUUUGAAGUUCAGCGGCUCGUCGAAGUAAGCGUGAGCAACAACAACAAAAAACUGUCUCAGUAAGACCCUGUUUUGUUUUAUUCAAAAUCACUGGAUGUCGUCAACAAACCUAUUAAAGCACACCAGAUAAACCCAUGGCAUGGUGUAAAUAAAAAAGUUGCCCUCUGGUCCAUUCCCACUAUGGUUAUUACAAUGUUUGUGCCCCUUUGCCUCACCGCCUCUCUGCUUUCAUAUUGACUUCUGUAUAAUAACAAAGAGACGGGGGGCCUCAUCAUAAAGACAGCUUUGUCAUGGAUCUGCAAGUGAGGAGCUACGUGGAGAACAGACACACAUCAGACGUUUUUGGUCCCACUCCCAGUCUGCAACAGGUUAUUGCCCUGCAGAAACAAACUGGAAGAAGGAGCAAACGCUUGCUACUCUCCUCCACGGCAGUGAAUAAUCUCCUGGCCAGGACCGGACUUGACAGCUAGGGAGGUGUGAACAACUUAUCCCCAGAGGUUAAACCCUUAUUUUAAGAUGCACUGUACCUUACAAUGCUCUGUUACUACUUAAACCUCCCUCAUUCUCUCUCAUUAUUUGUGUUCUAGUGAUAGUUAAAUUAUUCCAAAUGAUUUACACUUCCACCAUCACUGUUGACUUUAUUACGUUACGCUGAUGAUUUUUUUCAACAGUAACAGCCCUACGAUAAUGAUUCAAGGGCUAUGAUGAGAGCGCAAGUCUCCAAAUCAGCCUGAUAACUAUACAGAUGUAUAUUUCUCUGUGUUGGUGCCAUGUUUACAAAAAUGUGUUUAUUUAAAAUAUUGGCAUAUUUCACAAUAAAAUGUGGUUUGUGUAUUGAAUUAGUUGCUGGACCGUGAAGCAUUGCUGCACAUUUCUUGCUUAUUCUUUAGCACUGUGGGUAAAGUUAGGAGUAAUAUGAUAUAAAUAUGUAUAAAAAUCUGGGGAAAUUAAUUUUGUAAUGUUGGUUUGCAGUUGGGCUCACACAUUCUUAAUGUCUGGGCUUUGGAUUUAAUUAUUUGUUCUUCCGAGUUUUGUUUAAACCAGAAGUCAGAUUUUUUUUAAUAGUUUUUUUAAUUUUGGUUUGUUUUUCAAAUUCAAUGUGGUGAAAACUGGAUUCCAACUCCCUUGUUUAGACUGAAGGAUGUGUGAUGGAUGUUUGGAAAGACACUAAUUUAAAGAUGCCAGACAGCUGAUUUCACCCAGCUGUGAGUGUAGACUGUAAACACACACCAGACUAUCUAUCCAUCCAUUCACCAAUAGCUAUACCUGAUCCUUGCGGGUCACGGGAGCCAACGCCAGAUGACAGUGGGUGAGACACCCUGGACAGGUCACCAGUCAAUCACAGAUGACAUUCACACCUACAGGCAAUUUACAGCUAACCUGCAUGUCUUUGGACUGUAGGAGGAAGCCGGAGCACCCGGAGGAAACCGACGCAGGUGCAGGGAGAACGUGCAGACUCCACACAGAAAGGCCAGAGCAGGUGUCAGACUAUUUGGAAAAGCACAGAUGUAACUAAUAACUAACUAUGACUCUGUUGCAUUUCAGUGUGCCAGUCAUGUCAGUGAGCCAGCAUGCAGGAUACCAGGGGUCUGACAUGGCAACACCUAAACAGAAUGCAACCCUAAUUAAUGUUAUUAGUUGCACCUGUGUUUGUCAUGAAAAAUGUCUGUGACUUGUCAAACAGUCAGGCAAUGUCAGACCUGAGAUCUGUAAUAUGUUGAUUUUCUUUUUCUGUUAAAUGUUGAUGAGGAACAUACAAUGUAUAAUAAACUAAACAUGUUUUACUG